UGUGUGUCUGUAUGUCUCUGUGUGUCUCUGUGUGUAUGUGUGUCAGUGUGUCUCUGUGUGUGUCUGUAUGUCUCUGUGUGUCUCUGUGUGUCUUUUAUAAUCAAAGUCCAAAUAGCGUUUGGACUUUGUCCCACUGUCUCUCUCACUCUCUGCAGUAUCUUGUGGUCGAUUGUUCAGGAAGUCAAAUGGCUGAAAUGGACGACGCGUCUCAGAGUCAAGAUCACCUGGCAGAGGGGCGGGGCCAUAAGGCAGCCGAGGUUAACCUGCCAAUGGAAGAUAACAGAAAUAAGAAGCUGCAAAUAAGAGCACAGGUGGUGGGGUCAGAUAUGAUUUACACCAUUGAAGACGUCCCACCCUGGUACCUGUGUAUUCUACUGGGACUGCAGACAGAGACAGGUGAGACUGAUGUUUGUCUCUGUGUUUGUAGACUUCCUCUCUUCCAGGCCAGUGCAUUUGCAUUCCUGAUUCCCGCUCAGGCGAUUCUGAGUCUGGACCGAUGGACGUGUCCCACAGAGGAGGAGAUUUAUGGGAACUGGAGUCUUCCUCUGAACACGUCACAUGUCUGGCAGCCACGGAUCAGAGAGAUCCAGGGCGCCAUCAUGGUGUCCAGUGUGGUGGAGCUGGUCAUCGGUCUCUGUGGGUUACCAGGUCUGCUGCUGGACUACAUCGGCCCCCUCACCAUCACUCCCACUGUCUCACUGAUCGGACUGUCUGUCUUCACCACAGCUGGGGACAGAGCCGGGUCCCACUGGGGCCUUUCCGCACUGUGUAUUUUACUCAUCGUGCUGUUUGCUCAGUACCUGAGAGCUACAUCACUUCCUGUUCCUGUUUACAGCAGGGAGAAAGGCCUGACCUCCACCAAAGUCCAGAUCUUCAAAAUGUUUCCUAUCAUCCUCGCCAUCAUGGUUGUCUGGCUGGUUUGCUACAUUCUCACUCUGACAAAUCUGUUGCCGAGUGAUCCUGGUCGCUAUGGACACAAGGCUCGGACCGAUGCCCGUGGUGACAUCAUGGCCUCAUCACCCUGGUUCAGAGUACCCUACCCCUGCCAGUGGGGGCUGCCAGUAGUAACAGUUGCUGGGGUGUUGGGUAUGCUGAGUGCCACCAUGGCGGGCAUCGUGGAGUCAAUUGGCGAUUAUUAUGCCUGUGCUCGUCUGUCUGGAGCCCCACCCCCUCCAGUCCACGCCAUCAACAGAGGGAUUUUCACUGAAGGCGUAUGUUGCAUCAUUGCUGGACUGUUGGGGACAGGAAACGGCUCCACGUCUUCCAGUCCAAAUAUAGGCGUCCUGGGCAUCACCAAGGUGGGCAGCAGGCGGGUGGUGCAGUAUGGAGCAGGAAUCAUGUUGAUUCUGGGAUCAGUCGGAAAGUUCACGGCUCUAUUCGCCUCCCUGCCGGAUCCCAUCCUAGGAGGGAUGUUCUGCACGCUGUUCGGUAUGAUCACGGCUGUCGGGCUAUCUAACCUGCAGCUGGUGGAUUUGAACUCAUCCAGAAAUCUUUUCGUUCUUGGGUUCUCAAUGUUUUUCGGUCUGACUCUGCCAACGUACCUGGACGCACACCCCGAUUCCAUCAGCACAGGUCUGACGGAGCUGGAUCAGAUUCUGACAGUUCUUUUGUCGACCGAAAUGUUUGUUGGCGGUUUUCUGGCUUUUUGUCUCGACAACACGAUACCAGGUUCCAAACAGGAGAGAGGUUUGGUUGAGUGGAGCUCUUCCUUCUCCUCCUCCUCUUCCUCCUAUGAUCUUCCUCUAGGGAUGGGUAUGGUGAGACGGACCAGCUGGCUCAGACGGUUUCCCAUCAGCCCCUCCUUCAGAGGUUUUCAGGGGUUUGAUGAUCCGCCGCCGUGCGAGGAGGAAGAGGAGGAAGAUGCUGGCAUCAGCCAGCCCAGUACGAAGGUGUGACUGUGAUGAUGUCAUAAGUCGAUGUCGACUGAGAAGGAAUCACACCUGUGACAUGAUCUGUAGUUUUAUCAGAGAUGACAGUUUGACACAUAAAGUAACACUUAAUCUUUCAGUUUAUCACAAACAUCAACACAUAAAGAAACACUUCAUCCUUCAGUUUAUCACAAACAUCGGCAGAUAAAGGAACACUUCAUCCUUCAGUUUAUCACAAACAUCCAACACAUAA